UGGUGCUUGAUGAAUAUUGGCAUAUUUUCUUUUACCAUUGUUUAUGUGACAUUGAUAAAUCAAAACCUUUCGAAGGAAGAAAAGGUUUUGAUUAGCAAAUGAACAAAGUAGUGCAAUUCAUGAAGUCAUUACCUGGACUGAUAUUAUUAUUAGCAUUAGUAACUGUGCUAGGCGCAUUGUUAUUUCAAAAAAUUGAAGGUCCAUAUGAAGAGCGAUCCAGAACACACGUAUCUAAGACAAGGCAAAAAAUUUUUGUCCUAGCUCAACAGUUAGCUAAAAAAGGUAGUAAUGCUGAUUGGUCAAAAUUAGUUGCUCAAGUGGAUAGAUAUCGUGAAAAAUUAUAUGAAGCAUGGUUAAGUGGUACAGAUGAAUUAACUAUAGAUAUACCGACAAAAUGGAAUCUUUGGGGUAGUAUCUAUUAUUGUUUCACAUUAUUUACAACCAUUGGUUAUGGUAAUGUUUUUCCAUCCACUGUUGUUGGUAAACUACUAACUAUACUUUAUGGUAUGAUUGCCAUACCAUUAUGCAGUUUGCUAAUAAGUCGAAUAUCAGAUGUUAUUAUCAGACUGACUAAAGCAAUUUAUUAUAUGACACUUGAUCCUUCUGGAGUUCCAGUUGGAUUAAGAGAAGCUUAUCAUAGAACUGAUGCAACUUUCGACUUUCGAGUACUUCCUUGCAUAUUAACAUUCGUAAUCUAUCUAGCAUUUGGAGCUGGGAUAUAUUCUUAUAUAGCUGGACAAAAAGAAUUAGAGUGGAGUAUUUUGGAUUUAAUUUAUUUCGCAUUUAUUUCAUUAUCAACUGUUGGAUUUGGAGAUCUAGUACCAGAAACUGAUGUAUUUUUAGCAGUUUUUUCAAUUAUUUACAUAAUUAUUGGUCUAGCAAUCACUGGUAUUGUAUUUGGACGUUUAACUGAAGCAUUUGAACAUGUUUUAUGCGGUCAUACUAUCGAGACAACUGAAGAAAAUCUCAUGAAUUCUGAACAAAAUUCUAUUCAAGCAGCAAAACUUAUGAAAAAUAGAACAAAUGUAACACAUUUAAAACAAAAUUAACCCAUUGAACAUUGAUUAUAAAGUAAUAAAAAAGAAACAACUAAACAAUUAUUUCAUCGACAGAGAGAUGAAAUCUGGGGAUAAACUGAUUUAUAAAACCACUAUCGAUUAAAAAUAUUUUCUUUGAUUCCUAUUUGUUGUUUGUAAAUGAGAACAAAAUCAUGUUGCUUACCCUUAGUAUGUUGUUAUAUGAAAAAAAGUGCAGUUAAUGCUCAUUUUAUUUGUUUAUUCCUUUUCUUGUAGAAGAAAUUUAUUUGAAGAAAACUGUAAUGUUAACUUUAGUUGGGAAGCAAGGUGAGGGGAAUCUUUAACUAAACAAAAAAUAAAGAAGAUAUACAGUAAUCGAAAUACAAUUUCAUAUUAAUCAAUUAUCUGAAUGUUCUGCAGAUGAAUGCAAACAUCAAAGUCAUUAACAUAAAGUCUAGGUUAAUAUCCUUCAUUUUAGGUAGUAAAGAAAAUCAUUUCUAAUGUAUAACACC